AUGAAGGAGGCCCAGGGAGCUUGUGCCCCAACUGCACCUGUCUUGAAGGAUACCCCGGAUAAGGUAUCGCAAGAGGUUGAGCGCAUUGCGCAGAUGUUCACCAUCGAUGGAGACUCUCUCCGGCGCAUUACUGAUCACUUUGUUCAGGAGCUUGAGAAAGGCCUCAGCAAUGAAGACAGCGAUAUUCCUAUGAACGUGACGUGGGUGAUGAACCAGCCGACCGGGUACGAGACAGGCUCAUAUCUCACUGUGGAUAUGGGCGGUACGAACCUUCGCGUCUGCAACGUGACCUUGACCGAGGAAAAAGGGGGAUGCGAAUUGACACAGCAUAAAUUCAAACUCCCCAAGCACAUGAGACACUGCACCGCAGACGAGCUCUGGACCUUCAUCGCCGACCGCAUCGAAGACUUCAUUCAAGAGCAACAUCUUACACCACCCGGGUCAGAGAAAUUGCCCCUAGCCUUCACGUUCUCUUACCCCGUCACGCAAGACAAUAUCCGACACGGCGUCCUCCAACGCUGGACAAAGGGGUGGGAUAUCUCAGGUGUUGAGGGACACGACGUGGUAGCACAGUUGGAGCAGGCUCUAGAGCGAAGGAACAUCCCCGUACGGGUGGUAGCGCUAGUCAACGACACGACCGGAGCACUAAUUGCAUCCGCCUACAAGGACCCCGGCGUAAAGAUUGGCAGCAUUUUGGGGACUGGUUGCAACGCCGCGUACAUGGAGAAAAGCGGCAACAUCCCGAAGAUCGCCUCCCAUAAACUUCCCCCCGAUCAGCUCGUCGGCAUCAACACCGAAUACGGCGCCUUUGACAACAGCCACAAAGUCCUCCCGCGAUGCAUGUUCGACCUCGAGAUCGACCGCGCCUCCCCGCGACCAGGACAGCAGACGUACGAAAAGAUGGUCGCAGGCUUGUACACCGGAGAACUUUUCCGACUGAUUCUCGUACACCUACACGAGACAGUGGGCUUUUUGAGUGGUUGUGAUCUCCAUAACCUCCGUGACAUCCACGCGAUGGAGUCUUCGUGUCUGUCGCGCAUGGAGGAGGAGAAUGCCGUUGCGGAAAGUGAAAUGGCCGAGACCCGCGCCAUGCUCAAGCAGGAGUUCGGAAUCGAGCCCACGCUUCAGGAGCUGAAGACCUGCUGUAUGCUGGCGGAGAUCGUGUGCACGCGGGCGGCCCGGCUCUACGCCUGUGGCAUCGCCGCCAUCUGCAAGAAGGAGGGAGUCACGCGGGGGCGUGUUGGCGUGGACGGCUCGGCGUUCAGCAAGAACUACCAGUUCAAGGAGCGGGCUGCUGCGGCUUUGCGGGAGAUCCUGGAGUGGCCGGCGGAGGAGGAGGACUUGAUCACCUUUGUUCCGGCGGAGGAUGGCUCGGGCAUUGGGGCUGCAUUGAUCGCCGCGCUGACAGUGGGAAGCAACUAG